AUGACGUACAACGAGACAGGAUUUAUUAUUGAAGGCCUUACUGAUAAACAAGGACUCCAGCUCCCAAUGUUCCUUGUUUUCCUACCCAUUUUUUUCAUUAUUCUUUUUGGGAAUGCGACUAUUUUAAUUGCUAUUUCAAGUGACUCUAAUCUUCACACCCCUAUGUAUAUUUUUUUGAUUAAACUCUCAUCCAUUGACAUAACCUAUGCCUCGAAUAUCAUUCCCAAACUGUUACAUAUUCUGCUAACCCAACAUAAAACCAUUUCUUUCUCUGGGUGUAUGAUCCAGAUGUAUUUCUUUAUAUAUCUGACAUUUACUGAAUUCCUUCUCCUUGGAGCCAUGGCUUAUGACCGAUAUGUGGCAAUUUGUCACCCCCUUCAUUAUUACAUUCUGAUGACCAUAAGAGACUGCUGUGUGUUGAUCAUUACUGCAUCGAGCAUUGGAUUAUUGGACCCUGUGGCACACACCAUCCUUAUAGCUAAGAUGAACUUCUGUGCUUCUCACCAUAUUGACCAUUUUUUCUGUGACAUUACCCCAUUGCUGAAGCUCUCUUGUAGUGACACCUCCAUUGUGGAAAUGUUAACGUAUCUUAUUGGGACAUUGCUUAUAUUUCCUGCAUUUCUACUCACUUUAACCUCGUAUAUAUUGAUUAUCUCCAACAUUCUAAAAAUCAACUCGGCAGAGGGUCGGCGUAAAGCUUUCUCCACCUGUACCUCCCACCUGACCUCCGUCAGUCUGUUCUAUGGAACCAUUCUGUGUUUGUAUAUGAGACCAACAACGAGCUACGCUCCAAGCCAUGACAAGUAUUUCGCUCUGAUAUAUGUCGUCUUGAUCCCUAUACUGAAUCCCAUUAUUUACAGUCUAAAAAACAAAGAUAUUAACGAUGCCUUAAAGAAAGUUAAGUACAAAAUGUUUUUAAAAACAAUGUUUGCAAAAAAUGAUUAA